CCGGGGCUGCUCCGCUCCAUUCAUUCUCCUCGCGGCAUCGAUCAGAGCCGCACGCGAGGCCUUUGCGCAAGAGGUUUUGCAACUCCCCCCCGUCCCCCCCCAUUCUCCUCCUCCUCCUCCUUCUACGCGAUGCUGCGGGACUCGGGGGCCGCCGCCGUCACCUGCCUGCAGCUCCUGCUGCUGGCCGGCACUGCGCAGCCACGGCCCCGCGAGUGGGACGAGGACGGGCAGCAGCUGGAAGCCAUCAAACACGGCAUCCUGCGGCGGCUGGGGAUAGCCGGGCCCCCCCCGGUACCGAACGCUCCGGACCCGGAGAGCAUCAGCCGAGCGCGGCGGGUGUACGAGCAACGAGUGGCCGAACUGCGAGGGAACCGCAGCCGGGAAUGGGAGGAGCGAGAAGGAGCGACGCGUCGGUACCGUCUGACCGCGAUCCUGCAGCGCCUGCCGGACCCCCCCCAGGGCGAGCGGGACCCCCACAGGGGGCAGGAACCACAAAGAGGACAGCGGGACCCCCAUGGAGAGCAGGACCCCCAUGGAGAGCAGGACCCCCAUGGAGAGCAGGACCCCGAUGGUGACCAGGACCCCCAUGGAGAGCAGGACCCCGAUGGUGACCAGCACUCCCAGGGGCAUCAGGACCCCCAAGGUCACCGGGACCCCCCCAGACCCCAGGACCCCCCCGGUCCAUUCCGUUACCUCCUGGUGGUGCCUCGUACAGCCGCUCUCCGCCAGCAGCUGCAGGUUCUGCGGGCACAGCUGCAGCUCCCCCUGCACUCCCAGCGCUCAGCACAGCUCCAGGUCAGCAUUUCCACCCCGGGGGGGCCCAGGGCAGCCCCACGGCUGCUGCACAACCAGGACUUGGACCCUCACUCCCACCACAUUGACUUGACAUCACCCAUCCGGCACUGGGCCGCCGGGCACGGCGCUGCGCUGCGCUUGGAGCUGACCUUCACCUCCAAUAUAUCAACUCCAUUCGAUGGAUCCGGAACCAGGAACGUGGUUCUGGAUGUGGAAAUGAAGGACACGAUGGGUCGGGGGGCGAGGAGACGGCGGGGGCUGGAGGAGGAGUGUGGGAAGAGCGAGGGGAGGUGCUGCAGGAGGACAAUGAAGGUUUCCUUCCAGGAGAUUGGCUGGGAUGACUGGGUGCUGGCACCGCGCAGCUACGACAUGCGCUUCUGCCAGGGCUCCUGCCCGCACAACUACCGCGCUGCCAGCAUCCACGCACAGAUCCAGGCUCGGGUGCAUGCCCUGAGCCGUGCAGCCCCAGCACCGUGCUGUGUGCCCGCUGAGUACGACCCCAUGGUGCUGAUGCACUACGAUGCAGAGGGCAGGUUGGUCAGCUCUGUCUUUGAGGAUAUGUUGGUCACACGCUGUCACUGCGCAUGAGGGCAACAAUGGGGUCUGACACCUCCACCUGUAGGGACCCGUCACCUCUGGGUUUAGGGACCCACCACCUCUGGGUAUAGGGACCCGUCACCUUUGAGUAUAGGGACCCAUCAUGUUUGGGUAUAGGGACCCGUCACCUCUGAGUAUAGGGACCCAUCAUGUUUGGGUAUAGGGACCCGUCACCUCUGAGUAUAGGGACCCGUCACCUCUGAGUAUAGGGACCCAUCACCUUUGGGUAUAGGGAUCCACCACCUCUGAGUAUAGGGACCCGUCACCUCUGAGUAUAGGGACCCAUCACCUUUGGGUAUAGGGAUCCACCACCUCUGAGUAUAGGGACCCGUCACCUCUGAGUAUAGGGACCCAUCACCUUUGGGUAUAGGGAUCCACCACCUCUGAGUAUAGCGACCCGUCACCUCUGGGUAUAGGGACCCACCACCUUUGGGUAUAGGGAUCCACCACCUUUGGGUAUAGGGACCCGUCACCUCUGGGUAUAGGGACCUCUGGUAUAGGGAGCAGCUCUGCUGGGUGUAGGGAUCUGUCAGCUCUGGGUAUCAGGUACCUUCACCCCCGCUGUAGGAUUCCAUAAGGUCUGGAUAUAGGAGUCCAUCACCUCCAGAUAUAGGAGUCCAUCACCUCCAGAUAUAGGAAUCCAUCACCUUUGCAAAUAGGGUCUGGCAUCUCUGGCUAAAGGGGUCCAUCACCUCCAGCUACUCAUCCUCUCCAAUCUAUAGGGACCCAUCACCUCCACAUCCAGCUAUGGGCCCCAUGGACACAGACCCCGCUACCAUCACUCCGUGCCAUAACUUAUUCCCCUCUCCCCUUAUUUAAAGCAUUGAUUCAACAGGAGGAACCCACCCCCCCCCCCACUGGCUCCUCUCCUCACAAACCUUUUUUAUACACAGUCCUUUAUUUAUUGCUCGUUAUUUAUUGCACCGGAUGGCUUUGUUGGGAUUCUUUCUUUUUUUGGGGUAUAUUUAUAUAUUUCUAUAAUUGUGAUGUAAAUAAUAAUAAAUAAUAAUAAUAAAGUGAUGAUUGGAGUGCA